ACCAACUGGUACUGACAUUAUGGAAAACGAGAAUAUUAGGGGGAAAAAAAAAGUUUUUCCAUCAUCAGGGUAUUUUAUGCCAACUUUUAGCCUUCAGAAAUGGUUUUUGGGGUGAAUUUCAGCCUGUUUUUUGAUGUUCUGGGUAUUUCGCACCUAAUGACUUUGAAAUAUUUGCUGGACAAACUGGAAUUUUAGCCUAGCCUUUUUUCUUUUCAUCUUCUGGGUAUUUUAUCCCAUUUUAUCCCAACUGUUGUUGGAACAUUUUAACAGCAAAAAAAGCUUUUUUUUCAUGUUCUGGGUAUUUCGUACCAACUUAGCUGGAAAACUGGAAUUUUAGCCUAGAUUUUAGAUAUUCUGGGUAUUUUAUCCAUUUUAUCCCAGCUGUUUUUGAACUUUUUUGGCUGCAAAAAUAUUUUUUUGGGGAGAAUUUUAGCCUAAUACUUUUAUGCUCUUGAGUGUUUCCAACUGAUUUAUCCUACACCACCCGAUAUUUUAUCCCAGCUUGUAAGCAUUUAAGUGUGCAAAGUUUUUUGCAUAGAAGUGUUUUUUUAUUUAUUUUCUUCCUCAGCUAAAAACCUCUACCCCUCAUAACCACUUUGACACUAACAUCUUCAAAUGCACCUUGAUCUGUGUUACAGAAAUGGCGGUGCUCAAGCUGCUGGCUUUCUAGUCCGUCCAGGCUCAUGGCUACAGGUCUGCAGGAUCAGGCAGGGUAUAAAUUGCUUCACAUGCUGUGUGCCGGCUGGCCUAAGUAGUAGGUGCAGUAAGUGCCAGCCUGUAUGAGUGAGGCAUACCGGUUCAUACUGCUGAGGAUUACCAAAAGCAGGACAUGAAGCUAAGACGGGUUUAAAAAGACAGAGUGUGUGUCUGGACGAUCGUGCAAGAAGUCCUGCCAUGGCUCCCCGUCCCAGCGGAGGCCCACCCAGUCCCGGGCCGUGUGUGUUUCCUUCAGCCCUCUUGCUCCUGCUGGCCUUCCUGCUCUCCUCGCUCUCCAGCACCUGCCAUGCCUUAUCUCCCCCCAGAUUCUCAAAGAUCCCCACUGACCAGAUAGGAGUGUCCGGCGGCGUGGUGUCCUUCGUGUGCCAAGCCACAGGCGAUCCUAAGCCACAGGUCAACUGGAACAAAAAGGGCAAAAAGGUCAACUCCCAGAGGAUAGAGACCAUAGAGUUUGAUGAAGGCGCGGGGGCGGUGCUUCGUAUCCAGCCUCUCCGAGCGCCGCGGGACGAGAACGUUUACGAGUGUGUGGCCCGGAACAGCGAGGGUGAAAUCGCUGUCACCUCCAAACUGUCCAUCAUCAGAGAGGACCAGCUGCCGUUUGGCUUCCCCAGCAUAGACAUGGGUCCACAACUGAAGGUGGUGGAGAGAACGCGCACAGCCACCAUGCUCUGUGCCGCCAGUGGCAUCCCGGAUCCGGAGAUUUCUUGGUUUAAAGACUUCCUGCCUGUGGAGCCUGCCCUCAACCAGGGCCGUAUCAAACAGCUGCGAUCAGGAGUCUUUGGUGCCUUGCAGAUCGAGCGGAGCGAGGAGACGGAUCAGGGGAAAUAUGAGUGUGUAGCGUCGAAUUCUCAGGGCGUACGCUACUCGUCCCCUGCCAAUCUAUACGUGAGAGGUACGGAAUACAGUAGGUACUCCGUAGAGCUGCGAGAAGUUCGUCGAGUGCCACCUCGUUUCACCAUCCUCCCCUCCAGUCACGAGAUCAUGCCGGGGGGCAGCGUGAACAUUACCUGUGUGGCGGUGGGCUCCCCCAUGCCUUAUGUGAAGUGGAUGCUGAACUCCGAAGACCUGACCCCCGAAGACGAGAUGCCAGUGGGGCGGAACGUUCUGGAGUUGAACGGUGUCCGCGAGUCAGCCAACUACACCUGCGUGGCCAUGAGCAGCCUGGGCAUCAUAGAAGCCGUGGCUCAAGUCACCGUUAAAUCAUUACCCAGAGCUCCUGGGACCCCCAUCGUCACAGAGACCACCGCGACCAGUGUUACCAUUACCUGGGACUCGGGUAACCCUGACCCUGUGUCCUAUUACAUCAUCCAGUAUCAGGCCAAAUCAUCAGACAGCAAAUAUGAAACAGUGGACGGCAUCACCACCACUCGCUACAGCAUUGGAGGCCUGUACCCCAACACUGAGUACGAAAUACGUGUUUCUGCGGUCAACACCAUUGGGCAAGGCCCAUCCAGCCUGAAGGUGGAAGCUAGGACUGGGGAGCAGGCCCCAGCCAGCCCACCCCGCAACAUCCAGGCCCAGAUCAUCUCACAGAACACAGUGAUCGUGAGGUGGGAGGAGCCAGAGGAGCCUAACGGCCAGAUAAAGGGAUACCGCGUGUACUACACCAUGGACCCUUCUCAGCCAAUGAGUAACUGGCAGAUCCAUAAUGUGCAGGACAGCGUGAUCACCACCAUCCAGAGCCUAGUGCCGUCCGAAACGUACACCAUCCGUGUGCUGGCCUUUACCUCUGUUGGAGAUGGACCCUUCUCGGACCCCGUGCAUGUGAAAGUUUUACCAGGUGUGCCAGGUCAGCCGGGGAAGUUCCGGGUGGGCAAAGUGAGAGAUACGAGCAUCGAGCUGAUCUGGGACCCUCCCUUCUCUAAAGAGCCCAUCAAGAGCUAUGAGCUUAUCUACAAAGCAGCCAAGCAUGGCGCUCAGGAGAAGAAGAGUUUUGAGCCCAGGUCCUUUUAUGUGGUGGAAGGUCUGCGAGCAAACACAGAGUACACCUUCUCUCUGGCAGCCAUUUCCAGCAAGGGCAUUGGAGCUUUCACCAACGAGAUCACCCAGCGCACUGCGCAAGCCAAGCCCUCGGCGGCGCCACGCGAGGUUCGGUGCAUGAGCCCUAGCUCCUCUUCCCUCCUGGUAAGUUGGCGGCCGCCGCCGGAGGAAGGCCAGAAUGGCGACCUGACUGGCUAUGAGUUACGUUACCAGGCUGUUGGUGAUGACGACAACAACGGAACAGAGGCACUUUCAGAAAAGACGAUUCGCAUGGAGGCCAGCGCGGGCCAAUCAAGGCUGAAGAGCCUGGCCAAGUGGAGGCGCUACCGAGUCUCGGUGGCCGCACUCACCGCCCAGGGCUUAGGCCCGGAGAGCGCCCCUCUUGAAUGUCGGACGGACGAGGAUGUGCCGGGGGCACCACCUUCACAGGUGGGGGUGCGGCCCCUGAACUCCACCUCCAUCAGGGUGUCGUGGCGAUCGGUGUUGCCAGGGCAACGGAACGGGCAGAUCCGUGGUUACCAGGUGCACUACGCUCGCCUGGAGAAUGGCGAGUCUCGUGGCCUGCCCCGCAUCAGAGACAUCAUGCUGGACGAUGCCCAGUGGAAAACGGAUGAUGCAGCAGAAUAUGAAGCAAUCAUAGGAGGGCUACAGCCUGAGACCACCUACUCAGUUACAGUAGCCGCCUACACUAUUAAAGGAGACGGAGCACGUAGUCUAGCACAGACAGUGCAGACCCCUGGAACAGUCCCUGACCCUCCAUCCUUGUCUGUCCAACUGAUCAAGGAGACAUCUGUCAUGGUGUCCUGGAUGCCCCAAAACAAGUCUGGUCUUCCAUCAGACAUUAUGGGCUUCCGUUUGACCUAUGGCCUAAAAAACAACACCCCGUCAUUCUCCAUCGACCUUAAGCCUCCAGAGCGGCAGUACAACGUGACUGAUCUGCUCCCCGGUGCCACCUACACCUUCCUCCUGUCCGUUAGAGGGCGCUCCGGUCAUGGGCCAGAGGCUCUGGAGGAGCUGAGCAUACCUGAAUACCCCCCAGCUGGCUUCCCGCUACUCUCGGAAAGUGCUAACACCACCUGCUGCUCGCUCCAAUUCUCCUGGCUGCCUCCAGACCUGGGAAGACGCAGCCUCAUCACUGGCUACACAGUGGCCUAUGGAGAGGCGGAAAAUCCGCAGGAACCACGACAUAUCAUGCUUAUGUCCCGGGACACCAGCUACACCAUCCAUGGGCUGAAUCCGGACCGGGAGUAUGAUGUGAGCAUUCGUGCCCACAAUAGGGCUGGGCCCGGCCCAUUCAGCCCACGUGUACGCUACAGAACUGCAGCCUUCGACACAGACGUGCCCAGGAACUUCUCUGUGAAUUUGGCCACCAAAACAAGCGUGUUGUUGACAUGGGAGUUCCCCGAAAGCAGCUCCCCCUAUCGCUUCACUGUGGAGUAUAACCGUCAGAAGAUGGAGGUGGACGCUCGCUUGAGGAAGGCUGUCAUCCCCAACCUGUUGCCGGACACCAGCUACGACUUUAAAAUCACCAGCCCAGAGGGCAACAUGGGGGGCCUGAGGCACCGCAUCAACGCCAAAACCUCUCCCCCAAUUGCCAUCACCCGGCCUGAGAUCGACCACACCCGAGACACCGAGACCACCAUCACCAUCAUACUGCCCUCACUGGACCCCAGGACCACUAUGAGGAAUAUCUAUGUGGUGGUGGUUCCUCUGAAGAGAGGCAGGGGAGUAAACCGGCAUCUGAAGAGCCCUGAUGAAAUGGACUUGGAGGAGCUGUUGAAGGACAUCAGUCAGAAGCAGCGCGACCCGCGGCAGAGGCAGGUGGACCUGCGACGAGCAUACAUCACCGCCCGAUUCACACCCUCCACCCUGCCCGCAUUCUUCACCCUUGGCGACCAGCUGGACUACGGUGGGUUUGAUAACCGGGCGUUGGAGCCAGGCCAGGAGUACGUCUUCUUCAUCCUCGCUGAACUCAACUCCACCACUGGGAAGAUGUUUGUGGCCAGCCCCUACACUGACCCGGUCAUUGCUCCUGACUCGGACCCCCAGCCUCUGGACGCUGGAGAUGGCCUCAUCUGGGUGGUAGGACCCGUCCUGGCCGUGGUCUUCAUCAUCUGCAUUGUCAUUGCUAUCCUGCUCUACAAGAAUAAACCGGACAGCAAGCGCAAGGACUCGGAGCCGGGCACCAAGUGUUUACUGAACAACGCUGAAAUGAUGGCUCAUCACCCCACCGACCCCGUCGAGAUGAGACGCAUCAACUUCCAGACGCCAGGUAUGAUGAGUCACCCCCCCAUCCCCAUCUCGGAGCUGGCAGAACACACAGAGCUUCUGAAGGCCAACGAUAACCUGCGGCUCUCCCAGGAGUACGAGUCCAUCGAUCCUGGCCAACAGUUCACGUGGGAGCACUCCAACCUGGAAGUGAACAAACCAAAGAACCGCUAUGCUAAUGUCAUCGCCUAUGACCACACCAGGGUCAUCCUUGCACCGGUUGACGGCAUUAUGGGCAGCGAUUACAUCAACGCAAAUUACAUCGAUGGCUACAGGAAGCAGAACGCGUACAUUGCCACCCAGGGUCCGCUGCCAGAAACGUUUGGAGACUUUUGGAGGAUGGUGUGGGAGCAGAGAGCAGCGUCUGUAGUUAUGAUGACCAAACUAGAGGAGAAAUCACGGAUAAAGUGUGAUCAGUACUGGCCCAGUAGAGGCACAGAUACUUAUGGCCUGGUGCAGGUCACUCUGCUGGACACCAUGGAGCUGGCCACAUUCUGUGUCCGAACCUUCUCACUGCACAAGAGUGGCUGUAAUGAGAGGAGAGAGGUCAGGCAGUUUCAGUUUACCGCGUGGCCGGAUCAUGGUGUACCCGAAUACCCCACCCCUUUUCUGGCCUUCCUGCGUAGAGUCAAAUCAUGUAACCCUCCUGAUGCCGGUCCUGUCGUCGUCCACUGCAGUGCGGGUGUGGGUCGUACGGGCUGCUUUAUCGUUAUUGAUGCCAUGCUGGAGCGGAUCCGCCAUGAGCGUACGGUGGACAUUUACGGUCACGUGACGCUGAUGCGCUCACAGAGGAACUACAUGGUGCAGACAGAGGAUCAGUACGGCUUCAUCCACGAGGCGCUGCUGGAGGCGGUUGCCUGCGGCAACACAGAGGUGGCCGCCCGCAGCCUGUACUCAUACAUGCAGAAGCUGUCACAGGUGGAGAGCGGCGAGCACGUCACAGGCAUGGCACUGGAGUUUAAGCGUCUAGCCAACAGUAAAGCUCACACCUCCAGGUUUGUGACAGCCAACCUGCCCUGCAACAAGUUCAAGAACAGACUGGUCAACAUCAUGCCCUACGAGACCACCCGCGUCUGCCUGCAGCCAAUCAGAGGCCUUGAGGGCUCAGACUACAUCAACGCCAGCUUCAUCGAUGGAUACAGGCAGCAGAAGGCGUACAUUGCUACGCAGGGUCCACUAGCAGAAACCACAGAGGACUUCUGGAGGAUGCUGUGGGAGCACAACUCCACCAUCGUGGUGAUGCUGACCAAACUGAGAGAAAUGGGCCGAGAAAAAUGUCACCAGUACUGGCCGGCAGAGCGCUCAGCUCGAUACCAGUACUUCGUGGUGGACCCCAUGGCUGAGUACAAUAUGCCUCAGUAUAUCCUGAGAGAGUUCAAGGUUACAGAUGCUAGAGAUGGACAGUCCAGAACAGUCAGGCAGUUCCAGUUCACAGAUUGGCCUGAACAAGGAGUGCCAAAAUCAGGGGAGGGAUUCAUCGAUUUCAUCGGACAGGUGCACAAAACCAAGGAGCAGUUUGGGCAGGACGGGCCAAUCAGUGUCCACUGCAGUGCCGGUGUGGGGAGGACAGGUGUGUUCAUCACUCUCAGUAUCGUCCUGGAGAGGAUGCGCUACGAGGGGGCUGUGGACAUCUUCCAGACUGUCAAAAUGCUGCGCACACAACGACCAGCCAUGGUGCAGACUGAGGAUGAGUACCAGUUCUGCUACCAGGCUGCCCUUGAGUACCUAGGAAGUUUUGAUCACUAUGCAACAUAAGAGAAGGAGAAUAACAUUCAUCUCACCACCGAUUCUCAACGAUCUACAGCAGUACACAAAAUUAGCUUGUUCCAAAAACAAGCACCUAUUAACUUUAGCGUAAAAAUGAAUGAUGCCGUUGCAGAGGGAGCGUGUUGAAGUACGAUGACAUCGCUGAACGGAAAGCUACGUUUGGGACGGGGAAAAAAUGACAAAUGACAAAAUUACAAAGAACACGUUUUCUCUGGAGAGCUUCCCGGGGAAGUUCUGUAUCACACAGCAAGCUUAUUACCUCAGUGUUCAAAUAUUGAUAUUAAUGUCGUGGUCGGCUUUUUAGAAAUAUUACAACGUGGAUGAAAAAUGAAAACCUCUAGACUAAAAAAAAU